CUGUGGCCAUGGAAGUGAUUGGAACACCUGAAUUCCAUGAUUUGGAUGGCACACCUGAAUAAAGUCAGCUCACCCUCCUGGCUCUCCGCAGUCUCAGCUGAAAUCAAGAUGAUCCAGUCCACCCUCCUCAUUCUCAUGAGUGCACUUUUCUGCAAAGUGCUUUCCCUGACCUGCUAUGAAUGCAUCCCUGAGACUUCAGUGAAAUGUACUGAACGAAAAGUGGAAUGUCCAGCUGGUCAGUGUGGCAACAUGAAAACCACAGCCUAUGUGGGCAGCACCGUACUGGUUGAUAUGGUAAUGAAAAACUGCUCAUUCAUUCAGCAGUGUGUGACGGCAUCAGUUAACUUUGGGGUGACCAAGACGAAAAUUAGCAAUCAGUGCUGUAACACUGACCUCUGCAACUCCCAGAGACAGCCAGAUGUAAUGAGCAACAUCCCAAAUGGCAUUCAGUGUUACACCUGCAAUGGGGAGGACUGUACAUCAAUCUUGGACUGUGUCGAUGAAGAAGACCACUGCAUCAAAUCGACAGUCAGUGCUGACGGACAGACGACAAUGAUGAGAGGAUGCGCCACUAGGAGUUUCUGCAUGGGUGAUCUGUCCACUCACCUGGCCCAGUCAAACACUGUGGUUGGCCUUACCUGUUGUGAGGGGAACUUGUGUAACAGUGUCAAGAGAAACACACAGAAUUUCCUCUUUCUCGGCCUUCUGCUUGCAUCCGUCAUUUCCCACUGAAAACCGCACAAGUCAAGCUUUCCAACGUGACUCGUUGUAAGUUCUAAAACCCCAAAGAAAUAUUUUGGGGAAAAAUAUUUGGGAAUACCUUGAAAUCAAAGCCUCAAAUUCAGAGGAUUACAGAAUCCUGGACAUGCAUCCUCUCAGUAAUGUAUACAACUUCUUGUACACAGAGUUGACAGUUUAUUAGGUACAUUGAAGGUAGGUAAAUUGAAGAUGAGAGUAGGGUGCAACCUACUCAUUUGGGUUUUUCUUAAUAAUUAAAGUUUAUUUCAAAUAAUAUUUUUUUGAGCAAGAUUUAUCAUUUUUAUACAAGCAGACUACACAUCUGUUACAAAUGAACUCUCUUUCAAGCACCUGUUUAUGAAUAACAUAUAAGUGGCAGGUGUGUAAACAUUACAACCAUGUAGGUGGGUUAACUGUUACAGACAAUGAAAACAAUUAAUUCAAUACAGUCAGAUGCUGAUGAACUUUCCAACUUAAAUAAAGAACAAGAACAUAAGUAUGAUUAGUGAAAAGAGACACAUUUACUUCUGACCACAAAGCAGAAGAGAUAAUAGCAUAAUCUGAUAUGGUAAUGGGAGAAUAUGAACUUCUCAUUGUUUACUGUAGGAGGUUUAGCUAUAACACCAUUCAAACCAGGGCUGGGAUAUAACGGAAUACAAGUAUUGGGAAAACAGUUACAUUAAAUUUUUUUUAGGAGAAUUCUUUUAGAAUACUUACCAACUAAAUUAAAAAUAUAUACCAUCUUUAAACAAAACAUCUUUAGUUGUUCAUUUAGCAGUUUAACAUCCACACAAAGUCUGUGAAGACAUACUCUAAAGAAAAGAACAACUUCCUUACUAACAUUGACAUUCCUAAAGCCUGAGUAGACUGAUAAACCAAUGUAAUGAGGCAGUGCUGAGGUUCUGAGACAGCAGUAAGAUUAUGGGAGCAGCAGUAGACUGAAGCAGGUCAGGAGAGUCAAACUAAUGCUGAGAAUUGCAUUUAAUUAAGUGAAUUCUUUAAAAGAAAUGCAUUAAAUAAACUCAAUCGAAUGUUCUGAAUAUGUUCAUUCAUUGUGUAUUGUGAUGGAAUACAUUACUGAAUAUGUUAAGGAUGUGUAUUCACUGUUCAGCCAUCAUUACUUUUUCAAAGCAUUUUGCCCAAACCUGGUUAAAACUAACUCCGCCAUGUGGAGGCCGCACUUUAGCCUGGCUAGCUCAGAAAUGUCAUGCUGAUGACUGUGCUGUGGUUUAAAUGAGUGUUGUAAGCAGUGUAACAAACCUGUGAAUGCUAAACUGAAAAGGUAAACUUUUUAACUGAUUCACAGGUCAAUUGUAUUCUCACAAUAUCUUUCAUCUGUGUAAAAUUUGAGGCCUCCACAUCACAGGGAUUGAGUACUGCAAACACCACUUUUCAGUUAUAGAAUUUUGCCUAAUAAUCUGGCAAUGAGUAUAGUUCAAUGUACUGAAGAGGCAACAGCCCUAUCUAUGCCUAUGUUUUGUGUAUGGUUUUAGUUUCACUGUAUUUGCUUUCUGAUUUUUCAUUAUUCUUGCAUUAUACUUUCUUCAGCUAUGAAUAGUCUAAGCAGCAUCUCUGUACAUGUGUGAUAAAAAACCAAGAGAUGCAUUUAUCCAUUUUAAUAGUUAUUAACUUAGACACACCCUACUUGGUU